AUGGCCGGCGGGACUCGUCGAGCUGCAGCGACCAACGUGAUUCUCUUAGAUGACGAAGAUGACGAUGACGAGGAUGACAAUAACGUGGAUGGCGUUGAUGAGGAUGAGAUUGACGUGGUGGAAUGGCGCGGUGGCGUGAAGGAUACGCGAUCGUUGAGGACGAGGCGAGUGGAGAAGCCGUUGGGGAAUGAUAGAGCGGCAAGACGAGCGCCAGGACGGUUGGCUAAGGGAAAGGGGAAGGUCGAGGAGGUAGAGGAGGUAGAGGAGGUGGAGGAGGAGGAUGAGUGCGUGGAAGUAGCAUCAGGCGCGGGACGCGCUAAAAGCAGUCUCGUUACUAAUGGAUGCAGUGCUGCAGGCGCGAAUGCGAAGAGAGGAACGAAGCGGGACCGGGAGGAAAGUGGCGAAGCUUCAAAGCAGCUUCCACCCUUGUCGGGGUUUCAAGCGCAGCGCAUCCGGGCAACGAUGCAAGGCCGUGGGUGUCAGCCCAUGGGCCGGCCGGCAGAUUACGUCCCUUCCCUCCGCGCCGCCGCCCUCCUUCCUCCUCACAACAAAGCACCUCCUUCUCAUCAUGCCACCGCCACCGCCACCGCCACCGCCAGCACCAGCAACAGCAACAGCCAGCAACGUGGUGGUGGUGGUGGUGGUGGUGGUGGUGGUGGUGGUGGUGGUGGUGGUGGUGGUGGUGGUGGUGGUGGUGGUGGUGGUGGUGGUGGUGGUGGUGGUGGUGGUGGUGGUGGUGGUGGUGGUGGUGCCACCUCUUACUCUCUCGCCAACCAAAGGGAGCCACGAAAGCGUGGGGCCGUUGAUGCUGAUCCUGACAUGCUGCAGUGCGAUCUGAGCCGUCGGUCGGCCGGAGCUGCGCGCGACCAUGCGGAUGGCAGCGAAGGGGGGUUGGAUGCACUGUGGCAGGGCCUAGUGAGCGAUGCACCCUUGCACACACGCGGGGAUGCACAUGCACAUGCACCUGAUGCUGCUGCUGCUGAGGGGACUCGUGCAGAGGGUGCUGGAAGUCGAAUGGCUGCUGCUGCUGCUGUUAAAAUCCCCAUGUGCAGAGCCCGUGGUAUUGUUGAUACAAGUGGUAGGGGUGAGAGAGGUGGUGGUGGUUAUGAAGGCACGAAGCGUGGUGGGGUUACCAGUGGUGUGAGUGCAGGGGCAGAACGCCCACGUGUGUGUGACUUGCCGGGUGACGCUCUAUUGGAGAGAGGCUCGGUGGGGGAUGGCAACGGCGGGGAUAGGGUGGCAGGUGCGCCAGCUGCCGGGCAGAGGCAACGGCAGGGAAUUGGUGGUGCUGGAAGUGGAAGUGAAGGGAACGACCAAGGCUGUGAAGGAAGGGGCCAAAGAGAGGUGGGCAGGAGAGGGGGUGGUGUGCGAGGUGGCGUUGUGAGCGGGGGUUCAUUGAGAGCUGGUGGUGGUGUGAGAGGGGGUGGGGAGAGAUGGAAUGGGGAAAUAAACAGUAGUGGGCAUGAUAUGUUUAUGCGGAGCGGGGAGGAGAGUGCAGUGCAUGUGGCGCGCAGGCGUGGUGUGAGUGGGCGCGUGCAGAGCGGCGGGCUGUUGGAGAUGUUUGGCGUGGCGGAGGUGGUGCCGUCGUCCAGUGCUGAGGCUUCUGAGGAUGGGAGUAGUGGGGAGGACGGGGAGGAGGAUGUGGUGGAGGUGGAGGAGGUGGGUGAGGAGGAGGAAGAGGAGCCGGAGGAAGAGAAAGGAGAGGAAGAGGAAGAGGAGGAGGAAGGGGAGGAGGAAGGGGAAGGGAAGGAGGUCAAAAGGGAUGUGAGGGAUGGAAAUAGAGGAGAUAAAAGGAAGGGGGCCAUUGGAGAGGCGAAUGGACGUGGGAGUGGUAAGGGAAGGGACGUGAAGGGAGGUUGCACGGACAAGGAGCGGGCCAUGCAGGAGGAGGCACAGCGGGAAUGGGGGAACUGGGAAGAGAUGCGGCAACAGCAGCCCAAGCAGCAGCGCAAGCAGCAGCAGCAGCACUGCACUGCGUUUCUGCAAGCAUGGGUUGCGCUGGCGCGCACGGCAGAACCUGCUGCCAUCGAUCAGAGUGUGCAGGAGUUCAGGGCGAGGAAACAGCAGCCCACUGUCCUCCCUGCUGCGCCCUCCGCAUCCCUUUCCACUCCUGUGUCCUCUCCUGUGCCGUUUGUGCCUCCCGUGCCCCUCGCAUCUUCCCCGCCUCCUGCUCCUCCCGCUCCUUCUUCUGUUGCUCCUGCUCCUGCUCCUGCUGCUUCUCCGGUUGCUCCUCCCGUUGCUCCUGCUGCUGGUAUCCGUGCUGCUGCUGCUCCUCCUCCUCCUCCUCCUCCUCCUCCUCCUCCUCCUCCUCCUCCUCCUCCUCCUCCUCCUCCUCCUCCUCCUCCUCCUCCUCCUCCUCCUCCUCCUCCUCCUCCUCUGCCUCCUCCUGCUGUCGCCCCACGGGCUGCCACCCCUCCUCCUACGCAGCCAACGCAGAACCGCAGGAGGGCAGCGGCGCUGCUGGCAGCAGCACAGAGGAAGUGGCUGGCGGAGUGCCGGCAGCAGUUUGAGGCGUUUGUGUUCCCAGCCACGGGCACGGACAGCGUGACGGUGCGGUGGGAGGACGUGGAGCGAUUGAAGCCAGAGGAAUUUCUCAACGACACUCUUAUCGACUUCUUCCUCAAGCAUCUGAAGGUGCAGGCCAUGGAGCAGCGCCGCAUUGCCUGCUCCCUUGCUGCUCCUGACCAGGCACUGCCGCAACCACCGCCGCCAACAGCAGCAGCGGCAGCAGCAGCAGCAGCAUCAGCAGGUGCAUCAGCAGCAGAGGCAGUGGUAGCAGCAGGUAAGGGGAGCAGCAGUGCCAAUGGUGCGGGCGAGGGCGGGGAUGGAAGCAAGGCGGCAGCAGUGGCAGUGCGAGACAAGCCCAGCAGCGCCACUGCAGCAGUCGACAUGGCCGCUGCUGGCACCAAAGCAGGUGGUGAGAAGCAGGCAGGUGGGGCGAGGCAGGCAGGUGGGGCGAGGCAGGCAGGUGGGGCGAGGCAGGCAGGUGGGGCGAGGCAGGCAGGUGGGGCGAGGCAGGCAGGUGGGGCGAGGCAGGCAGGUGGGGCGAGGCAGCCGCCCCCCUCAGUGCAUUUCUUCAACAGCUUUUUCUUCAAGAUGCUCAUUGGCGGGGAAAAGGACGACCCAUUCCUUCCUCCCCCCCGUGCCUCUGCUGCUGCCGCCACCCGAGCCGCUGCUGAUGCUGCUGCUGCAGCGGUGGAGGCAGCGAGGAGGGAGAGAGGGGGGGAGGAGGAGGGGAAGGCGGCGCACUGGCGGGUGCGCAAGUGGACCAAGGGGGUCAACCUCUUCGCCUGUGAUUUCGUCCUCAUCCCCGUCAACCUCAGCCCCUUCCCUCCUCCCCACGCCCCAGUAUCGCCCAAACCUCCUCUUUCUCUGCAGCGUGCCUCUGUCGCCGCAGCUCCCUCAUCCCCAUCCCCUCCCUGUGGCCCUCCUCCCACUCCCCCCUCCCCCUCUCACCACCCUGCUGCAUCCCCCGCGCAUGAGGCAGCGCCAUGCAUUGUGCACUUGGACUCGCUGCCUGGGCUGCACCUGGACGUGGAGGAGGCCGUGCGCACGUACCUACAGGAGGAGUACCUCGUGCGCCACAAGGCGCCCCUCACGCCAUCGCUCAGAAAGGCCUUCAUCCGCCUGCCUGUGUUUCGUCCCAAGGUCCCCCAACAGCCGAAUCUGAGUGACUGCGGGGUUUUCCUGUUGCUCUACGCACAGGAGCUGCUUUCCCACAUGCCGCUCACUGUCUGUCGCGCGCCUGCCUGCGAUCAGUGCAAGCAAGUGGUGAGUGCGCACGGUGUGCUUUCUGCAUAG